UUAUCUUCUUACAGCUUCUCAAUUGUACGAAAAAAAUCUCAGAGACCUCUGCAGCCUGCAAUGGAGGAGGCGAGUAGUGCGAACGAACCAGCUAUCAAAAGAAGCCUCAAACCGUCUCCGUCAGGACCGAUACCGAACUUUUUUGUAUCUCUAUCCUCUGCAUUUACGCAAAAAACACAACUCGCGCGUCCGAACAAACCCAAUCUGCUACUUCAACCACCAGUUUCAGACUCCGUCAAGUUGAUUCAAGACCUCCAUCGUUCUCUUGCCUCUGUUACUGAGAAAUUCUCAGGCUUCUUCCAUUCUUUCGCCGGUAGGAACCCUUUGUUCCACGAAGCGGUUCGCUUGUCCUCCGAGUUUCGCGGUCUUUGCGACGAGGUUCGUUUGAGAAACACUACUACAAGGGUGAGUUUUGCGAUGGCUAAUCACGGUUUUGCAGCGGUUCUGCCUGGAGAUUCUGUUGCUGGAUUGGUGGUUGCUAACGGGUUGAUAAACUUCCUCAACAUUUAUAGCAACGUUCUUGUUCUCCGUCUAGUACUCACCUGGUUCCCUACUGCUCCUCCUGUCAUUGUCAGCCCCCUCAGCACUUUAUGCGAUCCAUACUUGAACUUAUUCAGAGGAGUCAUACCGCCUCUCGGAGGAUUGGAUCUGUCUCCCAUUUUGGCCUUCCUUGUUCUCAAUGCCUUCACCAGCAGUGCUAUGGCGCUUCCUUGUGAGCUCCCUCCAGCUGAAGGAGCGGCUUCUCCAUCAUCUCCUGAGACAAAGUGGACAAGAAGGAGAAGGUUGGCCAGCACCAAGAGGACCAUUGACCGAUGACCUGAAGCUUUCUAAAAACUCUCCUCUUUUCUACCUUUUUAGUCUUUGAAUAAACAAAGACUUGUGUCUCUUAUAUACACAACUCUGUAAGAUCUUGCACAAUUUCAAGGCAAUACUAAUCUUUGUUCUUCA